GUUCUUGCAGACUUCACCUUCCAUUUUUGUUACCCAAUUCCUCUGCCCCUUUCAGCUUUCGAUGGGUAACUGCUUUGGUUCUUCUGCCAAAGUUGAAAUCGCCCACAGCUCCCGACCCACUUCCGAAAUCUCCCAAAGUUCAAGCAAGAAACAUAAUCCGAUUGUUCCUUCCUAUAAUCCUAACUCAGUGGUGGAUAGGAAUGAUAAUAAUAAUAAUGUGUUGAAUCUUCCCACACCAAGAACAGAAGGUGAAAUACUGUCAUCUUCGAAUUUGAAGCCCUUCCAUUUCAAUGAGCUGAAGAACGCGACCAGAAAUUUUCGACCCGACAGCCUGCUAGGUGAAGGGGGAUUUGGUUAUGUUUUCAAAGGAUGGAUUGAUGAAAACACAUUGGGUGCUGCGAGGCCUGGAUUGGGAAUGGUUGUGGCUGUCAAGAAGCUUAAGGCUGAAGCUUCCCAAGGCCACAAGGAGUGGCUGACAGAAGUUGAUUAUUUGGGCAAAUUUCAUCAUCCAAAUCUUGUUAAGCUGAUUGGGUAUUGCUUGGAAGGCGAAAAUCGGCUACUGGUUUACGAGUUUAUGCCCAGAGGGAGCUUGGAGAAUCAUCUCUUCAGAAGGGGUUCCCAACCUCUUUCUUGGGCAUUAAGGAUCAAAGUGGCCAUAGCUGCAGCCAGAGGGCUUUCCUUUCUUCACGAAGCCGAAUCGCCCGUCAUAUAUCGCGAUUUCAAGGCAUCGAACAUCCUACUCGACGCAGAAUUUAAUGCAAAGCUUUCUGAUUUUGGUUUGGCUAAGGCUGGUCCCACUGGAGAUAGAACUCAUGUUACUACUCAAGUUAUGGGAACCCGUGGCUACGCUGCACCCGAAUAUAUCGCUACAGGUCGAUUGACAUCUAAAAGCGAUGUUUACAGUUUUGGAGUUGUGUUGCUCGAAUUGUUAUCGGGUUUAUGUGCUGAAGACAAUCUUGUAGAGUGGGCAACACCAUAUUUAGGUGAUAAAAGAAGGUUAUUUCGAAUUAUGGACACCAAACUUGAAGGACGAUAUUCUAAAAAGGGAGCUUAUGUAGCUGCAAAUUUAGCUUCACAAUGUCUUAGGAGAGAACCGAGGGCCCGACCUCGAAUGACAGAGAUUUUGGGUGAAUUGGAGGAGCUUGAAUCCCCAAAAACUACCGCUAGAAUCUCACACUCAGUUCAACGUGAAACUCCUGCUUUGUCAAACUCGAAGGUUGAUGCAUCUCUUUCGACAUUGUAUCAAAAGUCACCACGACGACAAUAACAUCG